UCCCGGCGUGCCCUGCGGCGGGGGGCGGAAGCGGCGCGAUGGCGGCGAGCGCGGGGCCGGGGCCGGCUGCGGCUCCGGUCGCCUCGGGCCCGGCGGGCUGACGGUCCCGCUCCGCGCUCGGUUGUCGCCGCCGCCAUGGCGCUGAUCGAGGGCGUCGGCGACGAGGUGACCGUGCUCUUCGGCCUGCUGCUGGUCGCCGUGGUGCUGGGGCUGGCCUGGGCCUCCACCCGCCCCCCCGAGCCCGCCGCGACCCCCCGCGAUGCCGCGGCGCUGCCCGAGGAGGCCCCGAGCGCUGCGCCGGCCCCCGCCGACCGCAAAGCCCCGACGGCGGCGGCGGCCGGAGCGGCCUCCGAGGGGGAGGCAGGGCUGGCGGCGGGGCUGCGCCCCCGGGCCGCCCCCGCGGCCGCACAGGGCCCCCUCGCCGAGGGGGACGGCGGCCCGGCCGAGCCCGCUAUGGUGCUGCGGCUGAAGUUCCUCAACGACACGGAGCGCCUGGCCCGGGUGCGCCCCGGCGACACCGUCGGGGCCCUGAAGAGGGCGUAUUUCCCCGGGCAGGAGCAGCAAGUGCGGCUAAUCUACCAGGGCCAGCUGCUGCGCGACGACACCCAGAGCCUGGCCGCCCUGCACCUCACCCACAACAGCGUCCUGCACUGCCACAUCUCCCAGCACAGCCCGGCCCCCGCACCUGCCGGCCCCCACGCCUCCGCCGACCCCGUGCACGCCGCCCUCAAUGUGGGCAGCCUCAUGCUGCCGCUCUUCGUGCUGAUGCUGGCCGUGCUCUGGUACUUCCAGCUGCAGUACCGCCACGUCUUCACCGCCACCGCCACCACCUUCCUGGCGGGCCUCACCCUCCUCUUCAGCUUCAUGGCCUUCACCAUGUACCGCAGAUAGCACGGCCCCGCGCCCCGAGAGGAGCCACCACACCCGGGUGGGGUCUGCCCGCACACCUGAACCUGGGGGUGGGAGGGACUGUGCCCCUCCGGGGGCAGUGGGACCUGGGGGAUGGGCGCGGACUGUGCUGACAUGGGGACUGGAUGCAGACUGUGCCCCCCCAGGGGGUGGGUGCGGACUGUGCCCCCCCAGGGGCGGUGGGACCCAGGGGCUGGGUGCGGACUGUGCCCCCCCAGGGGCAGUGGGACCCAGGGGCUGGGUGCGGACUGUGCCCCCCCAGGGGCGGUGGGACCCAGGGGCUGGGUGCGGACUGUGCCCCCCCAGGGGCGGUGGGACCCAGGGGCUGGGUGCGGACUGUGCCCCCCCAGGGGUGGUGGGACCCAGGGGCUGGGUGCGGACUGUGCCCCCCCCCAGGGGCGGUGGUACCGGGACUGCUGCGGGAGUGAGCGCUGUGCUGCUUCUGUGGAGAGGAGGGGGGGGGGGGGUCCCGGUGCCGCCCCCCCACCCCAUCCCUGUGCGGGGUGUCCCCUUGGCGCCCCGCGGCCCCCGGCGCGCUGCUUCUGCCCGGGACUGUGUCUGCUUCCCCCGGGGCGGGGGGGCGGGGAACGGGCGGUCGGGCCUCCCGGGGGUGCCGGCGGGGGGGUCCGCGCUCCCCGAUGUUCUGUUACGAUUAAAGAGGACGGACUGUGAA